CACAUAUAAAGGUGAAUCUCAGCUGCACUAGCGCUCCAGUUCUAAGCUAGAAGUAGAACAGAAAUUCGUUUAUUUUCUGCAGCGCUAACUACAAAAAAUCUACCUAAAUGAUUCAGCAACGUUCGGGCUUGCAUUUCUUGCUGCUCAUCGCACUGCUGGCCGGCAGUGGAGUUUUGUUGGCGCACGCUCAGGUUCCCUUUCCCGGACAGUGUCCGGAGGUCAAAGUAAUGGAAGACUUCGAUGUGGAGGCGUACUUGGGCAUCUGGUAUGAGUAUAGCAAAUAUCCAUUUUCAUUUGAAACUGGCAAGAAGUGCAUCUACGCCAACUACUCGAUCAUUGACAGUGAAACGCUGUCCGUAGUGAAUGGCGGCAUCAAUCGACUCACUGGCAACCCCUCGAGCAUAAGUGGCACAGCGAAGGUUCUAGGCCCCGCACGACUGGCUGUGGCCUUUUAUCCAGGACAGCAAACGACAAAAGCCAACUAUCUGGUACUGGGCACCGACUACGAGUCGUUUUCCGUUGUCUACAGCUGCACUAACGUGGCAUCUCUGACUAAUAUCAAAUUCGCUUGGAUCUUAACCCGUGAGCGUGAACCCACAGCAGCGACCAUUGCCGCAGCCAAACAAAUCUUGGCUGAUAACAAAAUCUCGCAAUCCCCACUCAUCGAGACACAGCAGAGCAACUGCCCCAAAUUGGAAUAAAGUGGCAUUGAGAAGGGAUGAGUAUGGCUGCGAAGCUUCUACAUGCGUCUCUACAAUAUUUUAC